UCCCUGGGAUGUCUGAGAGCGCAGGGGUCCCACAGGGUUCCCCGGCCGUCGGUGCCUCUGGUUCGGCCCCAGCAGCGCCAGGAGCCGGGGGAACGGAGUGUUCAGGCUCCGCGGUCGGCUCUGCACGUAUCGCAGUCAAGAAGGCACAGCUCCGCUCCUCCCCGCGACCCAAGAAACUGGAGAAACUCGGAGUGUAUUCCUCCUGCAAGGCCGAGGGAGCUUGUAAGUGCAAUGGCUGGAAGAGCCAGAAUCCUCCGCCGACCCCUCCUCCCCCCACUCCCCCUCCUCCCCCCACGCCCCCUCGCGCCGAGCUGCCCACCGCCAACCUGCAGGAACCCUGCAGCAGCUGCAGCCACACACUCUGUGAUCAUGUGACCCACCUGGAGCACGUGUCGGAGGAGGAGGUGAACAGGCUGCUGGGUAUCGCUCUGGACGUGGAGUACCUCUACAACUGCGUACACAAGGAGGAGGACCCCGACACCAAGCAGGUCUACUUCUCUCUCUUCAAGCUCCUGAAGAAAUCUAUUCUGCAGAUGGGAAUGCCCACUAUAGAAGCACUAGAGAGUCCUCCAUUUGAGAAGCCCAGCAUUGAGCAAGGCGUGAACAACUUUGUGCAGUGUAAGUUCAGCCACCUGCCCUACCGUGAGCACCAGACCAUCACGGAGCUGGCCAAGAUGUUCCUGAACCAGAUCAACUACUGGCAGCUCGAGACGCCCUCACAACGCAGGCAGCGGGCGCCCACUGAUGACGUCACCAGCUACAAGGUCAACUACACCAGGUGGCUGUGCUACUGUAACGUGCCUCAGUUCUGUGACAGCCUGCCGCGUUACGAGGCCACGCGGGUGUUCGGCCGCACGCUUCUACGCUCCGUCUUCACCGUGAUGAGGAAACAGCUGCUGCAGCAGGCACGACACGACAAGGACAAGCUAGCGCCCGAGAAGAGGACGCUAAUACUCACACACUUCCCCAAGUUCCUGUCCAUGCUGGAGGAAGAGGUCUUCAGCAGCAGCUCCCCCAUCUGGAGUGAGAACUUCCUCAUGGGAAACACUGGAGACCAGGCCAACACACACACAGUUCUAAGUGCCACUACCGUAGCCUAUUCCAGUAGCAGCCCCAGUCCUGUGGAGUCCCUGGGAAUCGGAGGGGGAAGCCCCGCCUGCAAGCCAGCCGCCAUGCUCGAGAGGAGCCCAGGUGUGGAGAAGCGGAGGUUAGCGGAUAGCCACUCCAAUGAGGACUCAAAGAGGGCGCGCGUGAUCGGGGACAUCCCCAUGGAGCUGAUCAACGAAGUCAUGGCCACCAUCACAGACCCCGCCGCCAUGCUCGGACCAGAGACGUCGUUGUUGUCGGCCCACUCGGCGCGUGACGAGGCGGCGCGGCUGGAGGAGAGGAGGGGCGUGAUCGAGUUCCACGUGAUCGGCAACUCGCUGCACCAGAAGCCCAACAGGAGGGUGCUGAUGUGGCUGGUGGGGCUACAGAACGUCUUCAGCCAUCAACUGCCCCGCAUGCCUAAAGAAUACAUCACACGCCUCGUCUUCGACCCGAAGCACAAGACGUUGUCCCUGAUUAAAGAUGGGCGUGUGAUCGGGGGCAUCUGUUUCCGGAUGUUUCCGUCGCAGGGCUUCACGGAGAUCGUCUUCUGCGCCGUCACGUCUAACGAGCAGGUCAAGGGCUAUGGCACCCACCUGAUGAACCACCUGAAGGAGUACCACAUUAAGCACCACAUCCUCAACUUCCUCACUUACGCAGACGAGUACGCCAUCGGGUACUUCAAGAAGCAGGGCUUCUCUAAAGACAUCAAGGUGUGUCGUGCGAAGUACACGGGCUACAUUAAAGAGUACGAGGGGGCCACGCUGAUGGGCUGCGCUCUCAACCCCAACAUCCCCUACACAGAGUUCUCCGUCAUCAUCAAGAAACAGAAGGAGAUCAUUAAGAAGUUGAUCGAGCGUAAGCAGGCCCAGAUCCGUAAGGUCUACCCCGGUCUGUCCUGCUUCAAGGAGGGAGUGCGCCAGAUUCCCAUCGAGAGUAUUCCCGGCAUCCGGGAGACUGGCUGGAAACCUUUGGGCAAAGGGAAAGAACUGAAGGAUCCAGACCAACUGUACAGCACCUUAAAAAACAUCCUACAGCAAGUCAAGAGCCACCAGAGUGCCUGGCCCUUUAUGGAACCGGUGAAGAAGAGUGAAGCGCCAGGAUACUACCAAGUCAUACGCUUCCCCAUGGAUCUGAAGACCAUGAGUGAGCGUCUGAAGAGUCGCUACUACACGACGCGUAAGCUCUUCAUGGCCGACAUGCAGCGCAUCUUCACCAACUGCAGAGAGUACAACCCCCCAGAGAGCGAGUACUACCGCUGUGCCAGCCUGCUGGAGAAAUUCUUCUACAACAAGAUCAAGGAGGCCGGACUCAUCGAGAAGUAGAGACAGAGUGUGUGUGUGUAUGUGUGUGUGUGUGUGUGUGUGUGUG